UACCUGCUCGCUCCGCCCACCGCCGCUUGUCCAUCACUGGAGGGGGAAGGAGGGAGAGGAGUCUCAGAAAUGUACAGUCAGUAUGAUUGCUAACUAGCCUCACUUAAAGAAAUUAUUUUAAAACAGUAGCACUCCAAGUUUUUGAGUCUGAAUAAUGGACCGGCUCCUAGUUUACUCGCAGUCGAGCCUCUGCCAUCUCAGUUAAAGGGCUUCGCUAACGUCACACGACUGUCUGUACAGAAGCUGUUCCAGGCUAGCUCGUCUACCCCCACAUGAUACUGACCCACAUUAGCUCGGGACAGACCCGCACACCCACGGACUGGACCUGCUGACUGACGCCGCAACGCGGAAAUGGACAAAGAAGAAGCGGAGCGGCUAAUAGAGAAGGCCAAGCUGAGCCUCCGGUCGGGACGGACAGACCGAGCUCUCCAGCUGCUCUACGAAGCCCAGAGGGUUCACCCCAGCGGCCGGGCCAGAGUUCUGAUAGAUGCCAUCCUGAGAAAUGGAAGCUGCGCCCCACCUGAAACAAGCCAUGUACCCCCUCCAUCAGGCUGGAGAGACGAGGACAUGGACGACCAGGAGCAGAGGAGCAUAAAUAGUGAUGAAAAGAAGACGUAUACUGAGGAUCAACGCCAGGGUGUUCUCAGGAUAAAGAAUUGUAAAGACUUUUAUGAAAUCCUCGGCAUUAGCAAAAAUGCCAGCGAUGAAGAUUUGAAGAAAGCAUACAGGAAGCUGGCGCUGAAGUUUCAUCCAGACAAGAACUUUGCACCAGGAGCUACAGAUGCCUUUAAAGCAAUAGGUAAUGCAUACGCUGUACUGAGCAAUGCAGAGAAAAGGCAGCAAUACGAUCAAUUUGGAGAUGCAUCUGCAGCCUCGACCCCGUCCCAGCACUCGGGCCACACUCGUCCCGGACACUACCGAAGCUUCAACCGAGACUUUGAGGCCGACAUUUCCCCUGAGGAGCUCUUCAACAUUUUCUUUGGGGGACGGUUUCCCACAGGAAACGUUCAUGUCUACACUAACCGGGGAGCUUCCUACGCCCAGUUCUGUCAGCCUCGCCGUCGACGUCCUCAUCAAGAGAGGCGUGAGGAGGUGGUGGAAGAGAACCAGAGUCAGAACACCUUCACUGCUCUUCUGCAGCUUCUGCCAGUGCUGAUGUUAAUCCUCAUAUCAGUGUUCACUCAAAUGAUGGCCACCAAUCCGCCCUACAGUCUGUUCUACAAGCCGUCCAUGGGGCUGGUGGUGUCCAGAGAAACGCAGCAUAUGGGCGUGCCAUACUACGUGGAUAAGAGCUUUGAGAAGGAGUACCGUGGCUCUGCACUGGAGGAGCUGGAGAAAUCCAUUGAAAGUGACUACAUUGAGCACCUGCAGAACAGCUGUUGGAAGGAGAAGCAGCAAAAGUCGGACCUGGCGAACCUGGGACAGCUGUACCGGGAUGAGCGCUUAAAGCAGAAGGCGGAGUCAAUGAGGCUGGACAACUGUGACAAACUGCACCGAUUGGUUGGGCGACUGAGAGUCAAAUGAAGUCUGUUUGGAACGAGC